GUCAAACAAAAACAAUUUACUAGUUACAAAUUGUGUUAAAUAAUAUUUAUUUAAUUUUUAAAGUGCACAAUGUCAGACGCUAGUGAUAUUGAAAAUGAAUUCGAUUUUGCAUCACAAUUUAAAAAAGCCCAAGCCCAAAUAGAAUCCAAUCUCAAAAGUUCUAUUCUCGAUUCAAGUCUAGACGGACCAGAUUUGAUCCCGUUGAAACUUGAUACAGAUUGCAAACCAAUUACCAAAGACACAACCACUGUUGAACCUGUCGAAUCCCACAAUAAUAAUUAUAACGAAGUGAUUAGUAUAGAGAGUGAUUCAGAAGAUGUCAAACCAGAACUGCCAAAUGGCAGACGAUGUACUAGGAACUCAAGAUAUAGUAGAACAAGCUUUGAUGAAGGACUUUUUUUACAAAAUGGUGCACGGACGAGAAAUGGAACUCAGAGGAAAAGAGCAAGAGGUGCCAGAAAUAAAUCUCAAAACAAAGUUCAAGUUGCAAAUAACCGUCCAGCCAUAACAGUAUUCUCAGAUUCAGAAGGUGAAUGCAACUUAAGUCAAUUAGAUAAGUCUCAGGAAAUCGAAGAAGAUUUAAAUUACGAACAAACUGUUUUAAUCAAAUGGAUAUUUGUGAAAAAUUAUCGAGUUCCUUUGAGACGGUUUCAAAAACUCACUUUUUUGCAAAAAGAAUUGGCAACUUUUGAAAAUGUCAAAGCUGAUGGUAUCAAAUUAUUGUUGAAUGGAAAAGAAUUGGAUCCCAAUGAGUGUUUGCAUUCUUUAAACAUCACACCAAAGGACAUCAUAGAUGCAAUACCGGUAGCUGAAUACUGCACAUCAAUGACAAGUACUGUUAGCAGCACCCCUUCUUCAAACUCAUUGUUAAAAUUCAAAAUUCAGAUCAAGAACGAGAAGAGACCAUUGUUUGUUGAAAUCAAACCUUCAGAUACCUUCAAGGUUCUCUUUGGCAAAGUUAGCGAAGAAGUGGGCAAUGUUCCAUUGAGCAAGAUGCGUUUUAAAUUUGAUGGAGACUUGUUGGACGCCAAAAAGACUGCGGAUGAACAAGAUCUGGAAGGGGGAGAGUGCUUGGAUUUGGAAAUUAUUGACAGAUAAGAAGGAUGAUUGUAAAAUGAAAGUGUUGAUUCUGUAAAAGUAAUAAGA